AUGACCAUAACGGAGGUGAUCGGACACUUACGGACAUGGGAAGAGAAUGCUCGUGGCUGUCGGAAAGGCAAAGGAGGAGGUAGCGACCAACUCAUGUACUCGCGUGUAGAUUGGGAGGCCCCAAGUAGCAAAGGAAGGCGUGACGGUGGUGAAGGCUCAAGCAACGCGAAGCGCGGUGGACAAACCGAAGAAGGCAAAGGAAAAGGCAAGCCACAAGGUCAUGGUAAGGCAGACCAAUCUAAAGAGCGAAAGCCACGGAACUUGGAUAUGUCCGAGGUCAAGUGCUAUAACUGCAACGAUAUGGGUCACUUUGCGAAGGAUUGUCCGGAGCCUAACAAGCGGGAGAUCAAGGCAAAUUUGGCGAAGCAGAAGACGAACGUCCAGGUCUUCUGA